AUGCUAUUAUCACUGGCUGAACAUUGAGGGGGGGUUUUGAGAGACACGCACUCUGCAUAGGUGCCCGCGAAGUGGGCCGCGAUAAUGUUUUAACAGAUUAGGAUAACAGCGCCUCUUCAUACAGGCUACAAUCAUGGAAAUCUGGGCCUCAGUUUAUUUACUACCACGUUAAGCUUUGCACUGUAACACAUCUGUUGAUUUAAACAAUGCAGCGUCUUUAUGCGCGUUUUUUUUUUCUUUUCCUUUUUUUUUUAAAUCCCCGGAACACACUCGCCCUUUGACACACAUAGCUUAAAGCCACGGCAAAUUUGGAGCACGGGCGCCAUGUGCCUUACUCCAGCCUGCACAACAUUAAAACAGACAAACAUCCCAUUAAACGGCCAAUGGCAGCACAUCCUCGCGCGGAGAUGCUGCGAGAGAAGGAUGGGGAGGGGGCGCUUUUCGGUGGGUGGGACAAACGGGCGCUAUAGAAAGGGGGAUGCUGCAGCCUCGUCCCCCUCAUAUCGCUCUCCACCCAGCCCUAGAAUAAAAACCACCGGUGACGUGCGCGCAGGGAAGCACCCAGCAGUAUGUGCGCGCCCACGGGAGGGGCCGAUAGAAAAUGGCGAGUCUGUGCAAAAGGCAGCAAUGCACGAUAGAGAGGCGCGGCUUUCGGCAGGAACUUGACUCUUGGAGGCACAAACUCAUUCACUGUGUAGGCUUUGAGAGCAUCUUGGAAGGCUUGUUUGGGCCGGGACUAGUCAAAGAUAUCACUCUUUUCCAAGACUGCGAGCCGGAGGAAGUGUCUGACUGGUCCUUCGAUGAAAACUGUCUCUUCUGCUGCUUAAGACGCGAGAAAGGAAAGGAUCACGGCGUAGAGAACGGUGGAGGCAGCCACGCGCUGUCGGAGUGUGAAGACUUCAAACAAGAGCAGUCCCGCAUCAGCCGGCUGGAGAGACAGGCCCAAGACUUCCUCAAUGCUGUGUUGCACAGAAAAGACCUCCCAAGUUUCUCAGACCCUCACAUUCCUCUAGUGGCUCGUGAGAUCAUGCAGCGAAUGAUCCGCCAGUUCGCUGCCGAAUAUACCUCAAAAACUACUCAGGACGACCCGCCCCUGCCCAACGGCACCAUGAAGGACCAAAGCCUGCCGAGAGCGGUGUCUCUGGCCCCGGCCCCUGGCUCCCCGCCCGGGCCCCUGCCUGCGCCAGGCUCCCCUCCAUCAUCUGCCUCCUCCUCUCCAUCCCCGACCCCAGGGCCAGGCUUCAGCCCCAACUCCGCUGCUGCUGCCUCAGCAGUCAUCUGCACCCAGAGCAGCAACGGUACGGGAGCUAGCAACGGUGGGGGAGCAGGGGGAGGCACGGCUGCUGCCUCUGCACAGAAUCCCGUCCUCAGCAAGCUUCUCAUGGCCGACCAGGAUGGCCCGCUGGACCUCACCGUCAAAAGGAACCAGGCAGAUCCAGAGCCCAGCCAGCAGGAUGGCGUCCUGGACCUCUCCACCAAGAAAACCCACAGCACAGGCAACCCCAAAACCUUGUCCGGCUUCUCCCUGGCACCUGGGGUCAAAGGACGUUCCCUCAAAGUGGAACAAGCCCUGUCAGAGGUGGACGAGGAGGACGGUCUGCUGCAGAGAAGUUUGCAGGACGGGCUGAGGGAGAACUACGUGGGCUCCAACACCUUCAAGCCUCCACUGGCCCGCUCGCUGCGUAUCAAGGAAGAGCUCCUCAGCCAGAAGCACCGCCUUCUGAGCCAGCCUGCUGCUCUUUCAUUGGCUAAUCUGGAGUCCGCCGGCUUGCUCAAUCACGGGCAGACCCACUCCUUGCUUGGCCAGAAGGGUGCUUCGUCCUUCUGGGGAAGCAAAGCCCACCUUGAAAGCCUGAUGAAGCUAAAGCAAGCCAGUGGAGCUCUGAGCGACCUCAAAGACCUGCCUACAUUCCUGGAGAAUCACCACCACGGAGCCUUCUCCUUUAAGAGUUCCCUUCACCAUCACCACCACAAUCAGGUCUCGAAGGCCCAACACCACCACAGUGAUGGAAAGAGAGACCAGGGCCACUCGCCCCCCGUCGACCUCAAGAUCCCCCAAGUUCGAGGCAUGGAUCUUUCCUGGGAUUCCCAUGCUUCUGAGCUGUAUGGCUACGGUGCCAUGGGGGUUGGGGGUGGUGGCCAUGGGGAAAACACCCUGAGCCGGAAGCUGAGAGCCAUCCUGCCCAAGCAGAACCGCCGUGGAGGAAGCCUUGGAAGCCUGCUGGACGGGGCAGCCGACUACUGGAGCUCCGACUUGGACCACUCCAGUUCCGGUCCAGCAUACUCCAUCUCCGACGUGGAAGGGGACCCAAACUCUAAGCAACCAAGGAAGAAGAGGGGCCGCUACCGCCAGUACAACAGUGAGAUCCUAGAGGAGGCCAUAGCAGUAGUGAUGAGCGGAAAGAUGAGCGUGUCCAAGGCACAGAACAUGUACGGGAUCCCACACAGCACCCUGGAGUACAAGGUCAAGGAGCGCAUGGGAACCUUGAAGAACCCCCCAAAGAAGAAGCUCAAGCUGAUGAUGAAGAUGGAAGCAGGAGGGCAGGAUUUCCCAACCGAGUCGGAGAACACGCACACCGCAACCUCACGAGACGACGGCCAGCCCCUGGCAGCUGCCGAGCUCAAGGACAAUGUCAAAGAAGAGAUUGAUGACAAUUUCAAACCAAUCGACUAAACGACUUACACAUGUAAACCUCAGUCAAAUGACUUAAAUAAUUUGAAAGAUAGAUGGGGCUUUAUUUGUGCCAAUUUACUUUGCAGUAUCUGGGUGAGCACAAACGCAGGGAUAAAAUGAGGAGGAUUCUUUAAAAGCAAACUGGAGAAAACAACUAAUCGGGACGGUUUUUAACAGGCGUCAUGUGACGACGCUGUAAAAGCAUUUGUUUAGCUUUUAUAUCUGGGGGCUCGACAAAUGCAGAUAAAGACAUUAGUUAAAUGACAAUUAAUGAAAUUUCCUUAAGCAUGCUGAUAAUCCCCAGCCCAAGAACCCAGUCCCCCCCCCGUCCCCGUCCCCGUCCCCCUCUUUUAUGAACUUGAUAAACUGAACAAUUGCUGCUUAUAAAUGCAGUUUGGGCUUCGGACAAUUCCAAUUUUGGGCGAAAAAAAAAAAGAGGGGAAGUUUGAAAUUUAACUUUAAAAAAACUGAGAAAUUAGUCCCUUUACCACUCCCCUCUCUCAUGGAGUACUAGCUGAAAAUUGGUAAGUGAACUCUCUAUUACAUUUGAAGCCAACUGUAAGGUAUAAUCAUGCCACUGAUAUUCCUCAAUAGGGUUCUGAAUCAAACCCAUUCUCUUAUUGCCAGGUAGCCGUGACGCUUUAACUGCAAACCUUUUCUUUCCUCCUUAAAAAUUUCUGCUAAUCUCUGUGUGGACAAAAGCAAGAUUAACCCGUCCUCUUUCUUUUUUUUCUUUUUUUUUUUUCUUUGAACGAGAAAAGACACACAAAAGUCAUUCAGGGAUGCAUGUUUGUGAGUUUCGUGGACACUACUGACUUCUAUAAUCGACCUUUUUUUUUUUUUCCACUAUCUUUUCGUUUGAUUUGUUUUGCUUUCUUUUGCACUACACUUUGGGUCUGGCGCUCACAGACCAGGUUACCUCGGCAUUGUUGCCCAUGCAUCAUGCACUUAUUAUGGUCUGUCUCUGAAGCCCAGUCGCAACCUUGCAUCGGGUCAGAGGUGCACAUCGCCUGCAUACGCUGAUUCAUAUUCAGAUGCGGGAGGCUCUUUAUCCCUUUUUUUCUUUUAUUAUAAUUUUUUUUUCGCCAAGGGACAAGUUAAGGGGUAAUCUGAUUAUGGAUCAGCUGUUUUUAAGGCGGAAUGCUACCUCAUGGACCUCCAUCUGUCUCUCACUGCUGAUUCUGGAAAGCUGGAGCCGCCUGCAAGUUGCCCCCCCCGUGGUGACCAGAGUGAGCUCACGCCCCCUCGUGAAGAUCUUUAUUGGAUGAAGGCCUGUUAGGAUCAGAACGUGAAACUGUGCUGCUACCCAGUUCAUUAUCUAUCUCCUAUGAAGGCUCUUAACUAGCCUGAGCUAAUGAUUUUUUUAGCUUUCUAGCUAAUAACAACUUACUGCUGAUGUUUUUUUUGUUUUUUUUUUUGUUUUAAUUUUUUUCUUUUCUAGUUCAAACUAAGUUUUAAAUCCUUCUCCCUCAAAUUCAAAGACAGUUUUAAAGGCAGUUUACUACAACAAUGCGCAUUUAUAGUUCCUUUUGUGGGUGGUGGUGGUGGUGGGUGGGUAAUAUGCAGUUAGGAGGGGCAGUCGAUAUGUGAGGGACAGGCAGAUUUUAAUAUAUUAUAAGUUAUUAUGACUAUGUAAAAGCCAAUCCAUGAUUCUCUGUGUUCCUUCUCCUCAUUUUUAACUCAGGGUAACUGAGUCAGAUGACGUGGGUCACAAAUAGGGUCAUUUCCUGUUGGACCUAUAACAGACAGAGACGUGGACAAGACAGCGUCUAGCUAAUUGCUCUGUCUGCGGGACGGCCACGUGAUUGAUAUGGCAGUGCCAUUGCAGAUAAAUGAUACAAGACAAAGAACAGAAGACACUGACACUGCGUUUUUUGGGGACUUAACUUUAACGGCGCUAAACUUCUAAGACGGCACUUUUUCGAAAACACGAGAAAACACAAGAGAGGAGGAAAGUCGUAGUGAAGCUUUUCUUUAGGGGAUGAGGAGCAGGGGAAGGAAGACGAGGAAGUAAAGAGAGAUGGAAUUAAAAAGAAGAGAAAAAAAAGCUUUACUCUGUGAAGACUUUCAGAACGGUGCAGCUUGGACCCAAACUACUCUUUACGUUUCCUCUCAAUUACCUCCACGAUUGAAAAAAAAAGAAAAAGAAGAAAAAAAAGGUUGACAGCUUGAUAAAAAAAAGAAAAAAAAAUCAGUUCAGUUUUGUGUAGUGUCGUCUCGUUGUUUUCCCUCCCCCUUAAAUGUUGCUCUUCGCUCCUAACACUGCCUGGUGCUCACCCAGUCUGUGAGAACUUUUAACAUGAGAAUUGUAACUCUCUGCUCAGAUGAAAUGAUGAUUCACUCCUUUUUGAAAUGUAAUGUACAUUUAUUUAUUUAAUUUGUUUUUAUUACUAUUAUUCUCUUUUAAGAAAAAAAAUGGCAUGCACCACUUGUUUUUUUUUUUGGCUGAUUUUGGGGGAUUUGGCCGAUGCAUAUACUAUGUAGAGAGUAAUUAAUCACUGUUUUGAGCCACAUAUAUUUAACGCCCCACCAAAUUAUGAAUUAAUCACAAUCUAAUUAAAAUUAGAAUCAUUUACUACCUGUUGCAUACAAUCUUAGACCCCCGUCCGUGGUCAUUGGUAAUCCAGCUUAAACUCUGCAGCUUCCUUCGUUAGGCCAAAGGUUAAAGCUCCAGAGGAGACGGUGGACGGCUGAUAUCACCGGGAGGGGGGGUGUCGUCAUGCAUCAAAUGCGUCCAACACUUUCACGAUGCCGAGCACGUGAAGUGUCUAAAAAUUGUUGCUGCGCGCACAGAGUUGGACCAGGCGAAGGACAAUGCACUGAUCUAAAAGUCAAAGCAGGAUCGAGAGCCUCAGCGUGUUGAUCCUGAAGCACUUCUUACAAAUACGAGCUCACCAUGCCCCCCCCCCACCCCCCCACCCCCACUGAAUAAUCUGGCAGUGUGCCCAUUAGUUUAUUUCAUGUAAUGCAUGUAAAGCAUGGGUUUGUGCUAAUAAAUAAGAAAAUCUACGUAUAAACAUAAUGUAAUUGGCAUUUAAUGCACAGGAUUGCAUGGAUAAAAACUCCCGACAGCACUUAAGACUUACUCACCCCUGAGAGGGGCGACUCCUCGACGGCCAAACUAACUAACUUGUGUGUAGAAUUUACACGCAUCUCUAAGUUGUCUCCAAAUGAACAUCACCGUUGUUUUCGGCUAUAAAUGCUAAAAGGUUAUAUUUGGAAAUAGUUCCCAUUGUCAGCCUGGUCUUAUCUACUGAGGUGCAUGCCAUUUAAAGUAUAUAUUUAUUUCAUUCCAUUUGAUUAUUUUAAUUUUUUUUUUUUUUUUUGUGGUUCUAUUGAUUGUUCACACUCAUGUGGUUAACGGCUCCCCCUGUCCGAAAAAGUCCUCCUCCUUGCAACCGAGUCUCACCGCUGUUUUUCUUUUUCUUUUUUUCUUUUUAUCUUGAAGAAACCUCAUAUUAUAUAUAUUAUAGGUAUGAGAACAUAGCAUCUAUUUAUACACGUAUACCACGAAACACUCAGUAACGUAAUGAAUGUAGUGAAGUGAAAUGAAUCUCUCAAAACUCAAGAAAACCGGAAGUGAUCAACAAGAAACUCAUAUUUAACACUGUUUUUUUUAUUAUUUCUUUCUGUCUUUUUAUUUCAUUUCACUUUUUUUUAAAUUUUUUUCACUUUACGCUGCUUGCGUCGGAAACGCAGUCGUUUUCUGACGCCGGCAUUGCAACAGUAGCCUUCAGUACUGUAAAGUCUCAGGAUCCAGCCAAUGGGAGGGGCAGCAAUAUUUGUCAGUCGGAAAAAAAAAAAAAAAAAAAUGAAGAAAACAGCGCACACUUAACUACCUGUACUAUAUUUAAAGACGCGCGCAUGUGCACACGUACGUAAAUCCAUCCAGACAUAGAGAGACAGACGGAUGUAUGUACGUGUAUUAACAACACGUCGGCUCGGUCAGCACAGGCCGAGCACUAUACCUCAUUCUCAGAACUGACUCCUUUCUGUGCCUCGUACUUUUAUGUAUCCCUUACCUGGGGGGCUUGGCAAAGGGAUAGCUGAUACUCUGGGAAAAUAUAGUAUCAUCCUGCUUAGUUUCUUUUAUUAUCUGUUUUUUUUUUCUUUCUUUCUUUCUUUGUUUCGCCUUCCUCUUGCGAAAAGAGAGGAGGGGGCCCUUCAAGUGUCUGACUGACCAAUAUUUGCCACCCUACCACUUUUUCAGGUAUUCUUUUUCGUUUCCUUUCUGUUAUUUUUUAAAACCUCACAGAAGUGUGUGAGCAACCGAUUUGAAAACAUUUUGGGAUUCAGUCGUCUGGUUUCACCCUGGAGGCGGCGAGUCUCCGCCCCGGUUUCGGAGAGAAUAAGGUUUUUGUUUUUUUUUUUGGUUUAUUGUUCGUAAUGUAACUCCAGGUUGAAACUUGACUUUUUUUUUUUUUAGAAAAAAACUAAACAAAAACAAAAAAUGUAUGUUUCUCACACCCAGAGAAAUCCAGAGACCCAGAGGGGAGAUUGUGGGACAGGUGGACAAGUUAACCUUCCUUUUUAUCUGCUUAUCUUUUCUGAAAGAAACAUAUUCUAUUCAAAACCUUUUACACCCCCCCCAAAAAAAAACGCAGCACGCACAGUAAAAAAAAAUGUACCUUAAUAUGAUGAAAUGUAAGAAAGCUAUAUACUUAUGAAUAUGUAUCUAUUUAUUUUACUGUUUUUGCAUCUUCAGGUAAGCCAGUCAAUUUGCUUUUCAGGUUAUUUGAUUAUUUUCUAAUUUUUAUUCUUUUUUUUUUCUUCUGAGUGAGAAACUGUCAAAAAAAAAAAAAAACGCGACAAAAGAAAAAAAUAUGUCGAACAGCAACUACUGUAACCUCACCUAACGGACGCGGCGUCGCGUGCCAUCCGGUUUUGUCGGGGUGGUGCGCGGCGUAGCGGGCUACCAGGAAAGAAACAACCAUAAUGUAUAUGAUUGCCAUGCUCCUCUCUGCAGAGAGGUUCCUCCUGUUUCUUAUUCUGUCACGCUGCAUAUCUGGUUGUCAUUUAUACCUCAGGUCCGACCACUUCGAAGCAGCUGAUUGUAUACUAGAAACACACACACACACACACACACACAAACAUGUGCGCGCACACAAACACACACGAGAAGAAUCAGGACUUUUAGUACGGCUUGUUUCCAGAUUUUUAGAUGUAACCAACAGGAACAGAUUUUGAUGAAUUGUCUUGUUGUUCGUACUGUUGUUAUUCUGAUGGCAUCUUCUUUUACUCUUUUUUUUCUUUCUUUGUUUCUUCGUAUAAACAAACAAAAAAAAAAUUCUUGAAAAGCCAGAAUCCAGGUUUCCAUGAAUACGACGCUGUAUUCGAGUCUAGCACAUACGGCCGUGGAAGAGCGACGCGCACACACAACCGCGCGCCUAGAGAGACACGACGCGAAUAAUACAGCAACACACACACACAUAUAUAUAUAUAUACACACACACACUCCCUCCUCAUCAGGUAGCCGCACUUAUGUGUGGGUGGGUUAUAUGUAUAAUUACGGAGCCGGAGUCUGCCGUGUCUCUUUUAGAAGCAGGUGGGUGAGUUUUUUUUGUCCACAGCUUGCAGAACAUCAGCCCCGCUGGCUGAUUUUGAUCUGGCACGUUGGGACACUGCAGGCACUGCCUCUGUGAAAGCCACUUUGUUUUGUUCCCCCGACUUCUUUUCUUCUCUCUGUUAAAAGAAAAAAUCCACCCCGACAGUUGUUCUCUUACAACUGACCAGCCUGUGAUGCUCUCUGCAGCCCUGCUGUUAUUUUUUUUUCUUACAGAUGUUUUUCGAAAAACCCUUUUACGAGCGCGGGGUUGUCGUGUCUGUCUGUGUUAACGCAGAGAGUUAGUGACUGAGAGGGUUUUUUUUCUUUUUUUUUUUUUUAAUCGCAUGGACAAAAUCAAAAGUGAGGUUGCUAAGAAGAGAAGCACAAACCUUUCAUGCGAUUAACAAGUUGAAGGUCAGGUAGAAUUUGUCUUUUUUUUCUUUUUUUUUCUCACUCAUUGUUUGCUUGCUUUCGCCGAUCGCACAUUUCGACCUGCGAGCAAACACUGGACAAAAGCGCAGCACGAUAUUUGCCAAACAACGCGUGCAAAAGAGCCGUGGCUUGUUCAGAAUGAAUCCAAGGUUGCGUUAACAGGCUCCUGUCGGACGUGGUGGAGGAUCUUUUAACUACGCGUGCACCGCCACGUGUCCGUCUUUUGCGAUCCGGUUUUAAACAAUAAGAAGUGCGCAUUGCCUCCUCUCGCCGCGGAGCGCCAAGUUUCAUAAAUGUCAAAGGCAUUUGUGAGGCAGUCACUUCGGCUGCAGGCGGGCUCUGAAAGCUGGAGCCGGGUACGGAUCUUAAAGGCCAGACACGCCUCUGGAAGGAUGCUGAUCUGCAGCAAUCAACACGACCGACACCUUCAAUCCCCUUGGUUGCAAUUUACUAAAAAUGAGAAAUUUGGAAAAGGAAAAAAAACACUCUGCCGCUAAGAUUUGUGCUCUCUCGUUAAAAGCUGAUGGUUUGAGUCAUGAUUUCUCACGUAUCAGUGUGAAACUAGAUGAGGACUUUUAUGACUAAGCCUUUAAGUCAGCCCCUUAAGUUAAACCCCCCCAAUUUUCGAGGCCAAACCUGUUUUCAGACUGCGCUCUUAAGUUGCUAACUGGGGCCCGUGCCGCCGUCUUGGCUCACGUUCCGAGCCGAUGGUGUUACAGGACAGGUGAUUGUGCGCGAACCCGUUCUCCAAUCAGUUGAAUCGAGAGUGCCUUUUUGAAGACCAAUCACGAUCUCAAAACUAAUCUUUUAAGGUUUGACGCCUCAAUCACGAGUUAUCUUAAGGCGCCCGGUCGCAGAGCAACAUUCCUCCGUCCAUGCAGAAGUGUCACGUGAGAUUCGGGCCAAAUGUGUCAGCUUAAGAAAAAAAAAAAACCUCGCAGGCAAGAGAUUUUCUCACACUGGCUGUUCUCGCCUUCCGGCGAGCCUGCGGUGUCGGCGGACGUCUCGCCCUUUUCCGCCUCGCCUGCGAGCCUCCCUGCAGAUGGCGGCCGGACAGACGGCCAGACAGACGCGGCGGUCUGAGGAGGUGGAUGGGGAGCGCGAGGAAGAAAAUCUGAGCGAAGCGGAAAAAGAAUAAAGGCCGCUGAAGGUCGCCGUCCCCACCCCCACGCCUCAGUUUAACAUCGAGCAUUUAAUGGAAACUGAAAUUCGCGAGCGAGCGUCGCUUUGGCACACGGCGCUAAAAGGUGCCGAGACACCUCAUAAGACAGAGACAGACAGAGGGAGGGGGUGUGGGGGGGGGGUUUAGGGACAGAAAUAUUAUUCAGGCUGGAUGCAAGUUUAAAAGGGAAAACGUUGAAAAAAUACAAGUCAGGGCUUUGUGAAGGAGAUCUGAGGUGCCCUUGUGUGUUGCCAUGACAAUCUUGCAGCAUUGUUCCCAUGUGGAGGUGUGUCUGGCCCUUUAGAGCCACCUACGUGGACCAGCUGGUCUCUGCUGCUCUGCUGCCGCUACUUUAUGUCUAGUACGAAGCGUCGGGGGUCGUGAUUUAGCAGAACCGGAACUCGUUCCAAAUCAAACGCGUGGACGACUUAAGGUUUUGUCCGGUGUGCUUUGUGCACGACGUUGCAGAACCUUGCGAACGCUUCCGGUCGAUUGCGCUUUCUUUGUCCACCUGAGCAGAGCGAAUGCAGACCUUUGCUCGUCUCUGAGAGGGUCUCUCUCGUCCCUGCUGCCUCGGCAUGUGACGAGGACCCUGCCCGGUUAUCUUCUCAGGUGCAGAGGAGGAGUCGGUCGGUUGCACAAGGCUGUCCCUAGGUCCCUAGGUCCCUAGGCCUCACGGACUCUUUCGAGGUCCGGUUUGGGAAAUGUUCGGGCGAUCCUUCGGAGAGACGCCACGUCAGGCUUCAGGAGUUGUCAGGUUGUCGGCCGACCAUCGCGAUGCGUCAAGUCUUAAUUGUCCUGUCACUCGACAAGCGUUCCGGCGCAUUGCCGUAGACGGCCCGGGUAGUUUAGGGUACGGUAGGGUAGAGUAGGGAAGGGAAGGGUAGGGUAGGGGCGUGCAUCCCAACCCGCACUUCUCUAAAUGGUGGCUUGAUUUUAUUGUCACUUUCUUUGAUGAAAAACUCAUAAACCCCCCCUUCCCCUUCCCUUCACCUUUGCUCCCUUGCUGCAUGUCGGGCUCUCGGCAUCCUUGGCCGGUGGAGCUUGAGCAUCCCACGAGCUGACAGGGCCUCGUUUAUCCCAGGAGGGAUGUGGUUGUUCCCAGGCAGCCCAGGUCACUCACCUCUCAUCCUCUAUUUUAUUUUUUUUUUUUUCACAGAGGCUUUGCCAAUGUCCCCCCUCCCCUCCCCGUGAGGGGAGAUGCAUAUUAUUUUGAGCUUUUCCGCUGCAAUAUCGAGUCUUUCUAGGGAAACAAACACACUGACAUACAGUACGUUUGGUAAAUGUUUGACAUUUCACCCGUGGCGUCAGUUAAUGUUGUACCAUGUCUCCAAUCUCUUAUUUUCGUGGUUUAGGGUGAUUGGGUUUGACUUUCGGUUUCUGUGUUUAAAAAGAUAAAUUAACAAUCAGCCGUAUUUCCGUCGGAGUGUGUUUCCGUGAUCCUCGUGUAGCAUCUCUUCGCCGUCUCUCUCUCUCUCUCUCUCUCUAUCUCGAGUUGCGUCUCCUGAAUCUUUGACAGCCGCACAACAUUUCUCUGUUACCUUGAGUUGCGACGUCCACACGCAGAACCGCGCCGGCCGGCGUAUUUAUAGCCGAGCCAAAGAGCAACGCUGGCUCAUGAGCGUCGUGAUCGAUAGCCGGGUCAGACAGGCCGGCACUCGCUGGGUGGGUAUCGGCGCCCUCGUCCUCAGACAGGAAGUUUGCCACGUGAGACAAACAUUAUCUCCUCAAACAGAGCAGAAAGAUUAACUUGCAAAACUUAUUUGUGGAAUACCUGACACUCAUCUGGCUGAACUCUUGAAAGCAGGAACAACACUUAAAAGGGUAUUUGAAAAGCCUUUUUUUUUUUUUUUUUAUUAAUCGUCUGUUAUUUUCAGCCAAAUACUUUUUCAGUGCUUUAUAAACAGCAAGGAUUGUAAAUCUGAAUAACUCGUUGCAGGGGAGGCUCAUGCAGAGCUCACUUAAAGGCCCACCUCGUUGGCCCUCUAGAGAUCUAACUUACAAGACUUGGACUGUUGCCUUCCCACAAUGUCAAAAUUAAGAAGAAGCUGCUUGCUUGAAACACAAAAAGAAAACAAAAAAAAACGAGCGCUUUGACUGAAUACUUGUACGGGAAAGUAACGCUGAGUGUUUGUUCUUUAUUUCAGUCUUUGAUGAUGUUUUCCAUCUUCUUCUUCUUCUUCUUUUUUUUUUGGUGUGCAAAAAUGUAAAGAAGAAAAAAAAAAACUUACAACACAGAAUACCUCAGAAAAAAGAAAUUCAUGUAACCUUGAUAACCUCCAUAUAUUGUCAGAUCCUGUUCAUGAACACUCAUCUCCCGGGCACUUUCAUGUUGCCCCCCCCCCCCUUCCCUCCCCCACCGUUGCUUUUCUUACCAGUGCAGCGUGUAGCACCCGCUGCUGGUUCCAUAGCUUUUAUGUAUUUUUUUAUUUAUUAUUUUCUUGAACGCCCAUAUCUGUUCUGACUUUUUUGUUUUUGACUUGUGAACGUCGUUGGUCUCCAAACCUUUCGCAGCCCCAUGCAGCGUCCUCAAGCUCCUUUUAAGACAAUUAACGAAAAAGGAAACCUUCACUUUCUUUGUGUCCCCCCCAUCGUGUAUGGUGGUGGUGGGGGCGGUUGGGGCAUAAUUGAACCUUUUGUUUGUAAGUGUGGGUCUGCUGAAAGAAACGAAGGCCAACUCCGUGGAACACUUGAAACUACACUCUGUUCCCUUUUCUCCCCCCCCCCUCCCUCCCCCUCUAUCUACUCUUUCUUCUUUGUUAAAAACUGAAUGUAAAACAAAAAAAAAAGAAAGAAAAAAAACGCAAACACAACAAACCUCUAAUUUAACUAUACAUAUUUAUGAAUAAAAAUGACUCUAUAUGUGCACAUAGAUAUACCUAUACAAGCCCCACACAAAGACACAAACACAAAUGCAUAUGUAAAUACAAAUCUCUAAUGUCAUAUACUUAUAUCUUGAGAAGGAAGAGGACGAGCCUUUUCCAUUGAUGAUUCAGGGAUACAAUACAGAAGUCCAGUGCAGUAUGUUCGGUGAAAUCACUCCCACUCUGUUGCUUUUGGUGUUCGUUUUCUUACUCCGUUUCUUGCUUGUUAUUUUCCCACGAUGUAGCAUAGGGCGAAGGGGCUGGAGUUUCUUUUAUUUUUUAUUUUUUCUCUUUUCUUUCUUCUUCUUUCGUUAACGGAAGAAGUAACGAAACUAGGAUCUUGUGUAGGUGUAGUCUUUUUCGAGCCUGAUUCUGUGAAACUCGGGGGUGGGGGUCGUGGUGGUGGGAUGUUCUUUUUUUAAAUUUUUUUUUUAAUAUAAAGUGGACACUGUAAAGACAGGAUAUUUAUGAAGAUGACUUGGUCGCGAGAGUCACACCGGGGGGGUGGGGAGGUUGGGUGGGGGGGGGGCGGGGGGUGUCUUCAGGAUGUACAUAGAACUGCUUUACCCAUCAACCCUCACCUGUCUUUUCUACAGGUGAGGUGGAACUGUAUACUGGAGGCACUGGGGAGGAACGGUUUGUGUGUUUUUAUGUCUCGAAACGUAAAGACUGUUUGAAAUGAAGGAAGUGGAGGGAGGGGGUUGGGGUUCGGGGGAGGUGGGGGGUGGGUGGGAGUGGGGGAACCCGACGGACGGUGAAGUCUUUAGAAGAUGCGUCUGCCUCCUCAUGCGUUCCUGGGGGGUCGGUUCCGUCGAACCCCCCCCGCUGACCCUCUUGAUAUUUUUGCAUGCUGGUGUACAUACCCUCGUAUCAGUCCUUUUUGUUUGAAGAGACUGGUUAAUCAAAAAGCGCUUUGUUUUUGGAUGUUGUCCGCAGGACAGAUUCUGAUGUUUUUGAAUAUAAAAUAUUGCCCCUGAGAAAAAAGAAAAAAAAAAUCCCUUUUCUGAUAAGGAGGCGCACCUAAGGUGUUUGUUCGUCACUGCAGCGGCUUUCGUAGUGGUUUUUUGGCUAAAGCUCUUUUGCAAUCAUUUAUUUUUUAUUUUUUUUCCCCCUCGUGUAAAGUAACAAAAGAGAUUAAAAAAAAAAUAAAAAGCGUGUGUGAGUGUGAACCUGCGUGGCUGUGUCAGAAGAAAUGUGAAAAAUGUGCUUCUUCGGUUUUUCUCAGUUGUCCGACCGUAUUUUUUAGCCUCUGAGCUGUUUUUUUUUUUUUUUUGUUUUCGUUUUUUUACGAACACGAAUCUUCUCCGUGGAUUUUUGUGCAAAUCUGAAGAUCUGCAUCUCUGAACGGAUCCUAACCGUCUGUAGAAGAUGAUGCCUCUCUCUGGGGGCGCCUCACAGACCCAAAUUACAUUACCCAGACACCCUCAGGGACUCCCCCCCCCCACCUCCCGACUACACUGCUCUCACUCUUAUUCAGGUACUUAAUCUACACCGAGGCCUAGCAGUGCUCAACCUUAACUAUGGUUUAUUGUCAUUAGCCUGUUUCUAUGAAAACUAUUUCCAGCCAAAAUCUUAAAACGAUCAGAAGCAGUUUUUUAUUUUUUCUCCUUUCCCUCCGAGUAUUCUUUUUGGGCUCUGCUCAUGGGAUCUCUUUUUUCGCUGUCUCUAUCCUGUAUUUUUUUUUAGAUACUUCACUAUGUUAUGAAUGUCAAUCUUCUCAGUUCGGAAACCACUGAGGUCUUGUUAGCGCUCUGUUCUUGCGUCAAGUGCCACGGCUUGUGUAACCAAACCCGCAGAAGGCUCGUAGGACGGUCCGCUGAGCAGUUUCUCCCGCGUUUUUGCUGCACACAGCUAAAAGCCGGAGCCAUGGAUGUCAGCAGUCGCUUGUACACUUCCUGAGUCCAUUCGUCGCUAACAGCUAGUCGCGCAAUAGCAGUUGUUUGUCUGCCUGGUCUGGACGACAGGUGUGGUGUGGGUUUUUGCCUAAAUUUUGUACCUCUUACAACAAACGACAUCAGUGAUGUUUAGUGAGAACUGUGUAAAAAUAAGUUGUAUUUCACGUCGUAGGAGCUCUUAAGAUUACUUUCUACAUUCCUGACGUUGGUUUCGGUAGUGACUUCGUUGUCAUAGCGAUAGCUCUGGUUGGCUUUGGAGAUGGCUUGUGAUAUUUGGGUAGAUGCAAGAAAUGUCCAAGGGGGUUGGACUCUUAAUUUGGACGGAACAACAAACCUCUUCGGUUUUCUUCGGUUAUGGUUUUUUUUUUUUUUUUUUUUGUCCUGCGGAGGUUUCGUAUAUUUCGUAGAUCUCACCUCGGUUCUUAACGGGUGGCUGGACGCCCCGCGGCGGGGCCCGCUGGGCUUUCUCUUUCCUCAUUUCCGUUGAGAUUCUCUUUUUUUGGGUUUGACGAUAUACCUCAUUCCUCGAGUCCAGUGGGCCCUAGAGGGGGCGCUGUGCCGAUGCUCAGGACGCUCAAGCCCCCUUUCACGGUUCGGUCCCACCUGGACUGUACCUCUCACAAAUACACACACACACAUGCAUACACUAACACACUUACACACAGUUUCUCCAAAUACCCCAAUGGACCUCAUUUUUCAAUAUCUACUGUUUACAGUUUGACAAAAAAAUGUAUAAUUUAAAAAAUAUUUUUCUCAUAUUGUAGUUUUAUUUAUGUACAAUUUUUUUUGUUCUAAUUUUGUACCUUGUGAGUUGAACUUUUAUUCUUCUAGGCUUAUAUUAUUGAUGUCCAUGUAAAUGAGCACUUAACAAGGAUCACGAUGAUUGGUUUUUAGUUUGAUUGACGCACUAUUUUAGUUUUCCCUUUCUCUCGCAAUCCCUGUUUUGAAUGCAAAAUCUGAUUUUAUGUUUUGGGCUAAUGAAUAAUGAAUUGUCUCAUAAUGUCUGUGAUUUUUUUUUUCUUUUUUAACAAAAAGACGAAAGACGAUUUGAUUUUCGACCGCUUUCUCUUUUUUUUCCGGUUGUUUAUUUUUUCUUAAACUUCAUUUUGCAUUAAACAUCAAGCGACGCUGAUUAGAUCUGUCUUUGUGCAUGUGUAAAAUAUUUUACUGGUUAUGUUAUAUUCAAUUUGGUAAAAAAGAAAAUUCCCCAAAAAAAAGAAAAAAAAAGAAAAAUUGCCAUUUUUGCCACACAUUUCAGCUGUAAUGUUGUGUAAGGUAGUAUUCACUGGAUGCUAGAACCUUCUUUUCAAAACCACUAUUCUUCUAAUAAAUUUUGUUGUGAAAAUAG